AGUCGAGUACGAGAUGCAACAUCGACUCUGUCUUCGGUUUUUGUUCGUUCGUUCGUUUAGUACGUUUUCAGCUUCUGUGCAGAGUGGUGUUCUGGGGAUUUGUUCGAUUUGUUGUGUUUCGGCAUUUUGAGCAGACUUUCCGCAUUUUUUAGUUCUGUAAUUUUCUCUGCUUCCUAAAAAGUUUCAAUUUGUUUCUGAUGGUGCUCAAUGUUUGGUGAAGCGUAUGGAAAAACAUUUCUUGUUUCUUUCUAAGAUAAUAUGAAGAAGUACUUUGUGCGAUGUCUGCAAAAUUUUGGUUGAUUCAAGAACCUAUGGUGGUGUGCUACUGAAUAUUGUUCAUUGAGUAAAAAUUGGUGUUGUUCUUCGAUAAGUGUGUAUUAGUGUUGUAUUGCCAUUUAUCGCUCUUCCCUAAAGAAAGUGGCAAAGCGUGCACGGCUGAAUGCGAACGAAAAAUAAAACAAAAUUUAAAUUUUAGCAAACCCUUUUUUUGGCCAUAGAAGACAAGACUCGGUAAAAAAGAUUGCCAAUAUUUUUGCUAAACGAGAAACACAACCUGUCUGGUUUGUGUGCGUGGUUUGCCGAGUGUGCCGGUGUAUGAGUGUGUUCACCUUUUCGUCACGAGAUUCGGAUUCGGUCAAAAAUUUCGCUACUCAGAGAGGAAGACGAUCACCAGUUUGCCAUCGGAAUACAUAAAAAAUAGUGAUAAAAGUAUGCGAUAAAAAUGUCUGAGUUUUUCGCGAUAGAUUUGUAAACAUUCGGGCUACUUUCCGUUGGUGUGACGCGCUUCUGAAUGGUACAAAAAUAUACAAUUAGCUUAUUGUGUUUUUCCAAACGAAUAUCGAUUGGGACGAACAUAAAAAUAAACGGCAGAACAAUUUGCAAAUCCUUGCAGUGUUCGAUCGAACCGAGAGGAAAAAGUUAAAAUUCAAAAUCGAACCGUGGUAGAGUCGCAGCUGAAUGUCAUUCAACUUCGUACUGUGGUGAUUUUGUGUAUGUUCCCGUCAUAGAGAACAUUAUUGAAUCAAGAAGGUAUCUACAUACUGCUGUAAUUGAUCCUGAAGAGAGUGUCUUGUACGUGUACGACUGUUGCAUAAAACGGUUUGUGUAUGUGUCGCAAUAAUUAUGACCGGCUUUUAAUGAUACUUCUCCUGUGAAACGGUGGUGAAUUACAAUCGAGAGCGUACAACACUAUUGGGUUUGUCGACAACUGUUCGUUAUCAACUUGAGAUUUGUGCAAAUUGGAACCACUUAAAGAUGGCACUUGUAACCAGAAACAAAGCUCUCGCUCUAUGUCUGCACUUGUUGAUUCUUUCCGGCCAAUGGCAAUCAAUGGCAAUGACGAGCAGUGUGCCAUCGCCAACGGGAGGUACCAUUGGUGGCAACAGCAGUGAAAAUGUCCUCCAGACCGAGAGCACAGGAACAGGUUCGGUAAUAAAACGGACAUGUUCUAUCGUGCAUCCCAUUUUCGAACAGCGGGGUUUCAACACAGUCAACAUGCCAGCUGACCCAGUUACAGACAGACCAUUACGAUACUGUGAUGUGCCGCCCGGUGGCACCUGUUGUACACACACGAUAGAGAAUAAGCUUGCAGUGCACGCCAAAACACUGCUGGAACGGAACACUAAAGACUCGAUCUCGAAGCUGUCUUCGGUGCUGGGGAUCCGAGCGCAAAAGUUCAAUGAUUUUUUUAAACAGUUGCUCACCGAAUCGAAAGCUGAGUUCCAUGCAAUGUUCAAACGAACGUACGGAACCAUCUACGAGCAGAAUGCGUACGUCUUUGCCGACCUGUUCACCGAGUUGGAGCGAUACUAUGCCAAUGGCAAGGUGGAUUUAGGGGAAGCUAUGGAUUCGUUCUUCAACGUUCUCUACCAGAAGAUGUUCACCGUCCUUAAUUCACAGUAUUCGUUCAACACAAAGUAUCUUGGCUGCGUUAGCGAGCAUAUGAAAGAAUUGAAACCAUUCGGUGAUGUCCCCGAUAAGCUCUCGGUGCAGAUCAAACGGUCCUUCGUUGCGACACGUACCUUUGCUCAGGCGUUAAACUCAGCUGCCGAAGUAGCUAAGAAUAUGGUGAAUGUACGGUUAACAGCUGAGUGUACGGCAGCGUUGACAAAAAUGAGCACAUGUAAUACUUGUGCUGGGUUUCUGGAGAAGCCGUGCUCGUCCUACUGUGUAAACGUGAUGAAGGGUUGUCUGCAGAAUUACCUGGAACUGGAUGCCGAAUGGGACUCGUUUGUGGCCACGAUGGAGCGUGUUUCCGAUCGACUGCUAGGACCGUUCAACAUUGUGAUGGUCGUUGAACCGAUCAACAUUAAAAUUUCGGAAGCCAUAAUGAAUUUUCAGGAAACUGGCCAAGACAUUUCCAAUCGAGUGUUUCAAGGCUGCGGAAAACCUGCGCUUGGCCGAAGACGGAGAUCGACUAAUCUGGUACCGCUGGUCGAACCAGAGCUCAUUAGAAAUAGGCGAGAACUUCAAAGCAAAGACCGAAUGCAAGAUGAUAGCGAUAUUUUCAUUUUCGAUGAUGAAUCCUCCAUUAUCAACGAGAAACAGAUAACGAAAAGAUCCGCACAGGAUUCCUCCAGUCAGGAACUGAAGUACGAACCAGUGCAGUUUUCCAAUGGGGAAAUCCAAUUCACUAACAACAAUGGUCCACCUAGUCAUCAUCAAACCCCAACCGCCAACGCAAAUACAAAUAGAAGCAAUAGGAGGAAAAACAAUCGAAAGCAAACUGACGAUGAAGAUAAUACGCGAGAGCCAAUCGAUCGGUUGGUAAAAGACAUUCGUCAACGAGUGAAAGACUCGAAACGGUUCUGGUCCAACCUUCCUUACAUGCUGUGCAACAAUGAGGAAGUAGCCGCCUCCCCGAGUAGUGACGGUAGUUGUUGGAAUGGACAUACCGUUGACCGAUACCUCCAUGGGAUCGCUUCUGAGUCGGAGAAAAAUCCCGAAUUCCCAAACCGGUCUGCUGGUAGUAGGCAAAGUGCAAUAGUGCAACAGCAAUUGUUCACACUACGUACUGCCAUUAGCCAACUAAGGAAUGCUUACAAUGGGCACGACGUCGAAUGGACAGAUCAAGAAGAUAACUACUAUGGCAGUGGGUCCGGUGGUGGCAGUGGAUUCGAUGAGGAAGACGAAGCAGGAUCCGGUCUAGGCCCAUGGGAUGUGGAGGAACGUCACAGGUCGGGCAUGCCGGAUUACCCGAUCGGUGUUUCGAAAAGUGAUAUCAGUGGUAGCAAUAGUGGUAACAAUGAAAUUGACUAUACCAGCCACCAAAAUGUACCCGGUGUGGAAGGUGGUAGUAGUAGUAGUGGAGGCACGUCCUCUACCACUGGCAGUGGUAGCUCGCGGGCUCCACCUAUUUCCAUAACGCGGGCGCUGCUGCAGUUCUUCUUGCCACUUGUGAUCGCGUGGUUUGGUGGACUCUUCGCCGAUUUGCUGUGAUUUGAUCAAUAAGUAGCUGUGUAAUGUGUAUAUUUUUAACCCUAUUGGUUUUUAACUUAUACCGACCAUCCAAAUUGAUUGUAUGAUAGGCGGAAUGUGAGAUUAGAUUCUGCUAUGUGCUAUGCAAAAUUGUAAAUGCAUAUCUAAAAGAACAGAUGUGAAUAUAUAUUUAUAGGUAGUCUCUUUUCUAAUUUUCAAUACAUGUGUUUGUUACUGUACACUUUUUAAUGUGAUGAGAUUUGGUUUGGGCAGCUGAAUAGUGCAUUUCCAGUCAACCUGUAAUACGUAACAAAUCUCCUUGAUGCUUUCCUUGAUUUCAAUACUGAGUGUGAACGUUCAAUUGAUGUAGUAUACAUGUUUGUGUUUUGUUUACCUUUCUAAUAAUUAGGUAAUUUGUUUUGCGUUACAAUUACUGUAUCUCAAUAGUUAAGAAAGUUAAACAGAUGAGGAGUUUUAGUUUUUACCCAAAAAUUAUUAUUUUUUACAGUCGGUUAAUUUGAAUAAAAAACUUCAAAACUCAAAGAUAGGAAUCACAAGCUGAAGACACUCUUAAUAUUAUUUAACGCGAUCAAUAUCUUAUCUCAUGCAAUAUUUUCUUUUACAAAACACUCCUCCUACAUCUCAUUGACUUCAUACUGAUUCAAUAGGCUGAAAGUAACAUAUCAAAUAAAAUAGUUCUAAACCUGUGCGGUCAUCCCAGUGUUCGAAAAAAUAUCCA